AUGAGCUCAACAAGCUUCAUUUUUGACGACGAAGACGAGGAAAUGACGACAGUGCCAUCUGGACGCCUUCGUUGUGGUCGCUGUGUGUGGGAGACCAGCGUCACCGUCCAGUGCUGCUACAUCUACGUUUUGGCCGUCGCGGUGGCAGGGGUUUUGGUGGCGUUUGGGGUACAGAUGCCGCACCAGGUGGCGCUUGGGGCGUUUGGCAGCUUGAAGCAGGUGGACCUGCCGGGAGCUGUUGCAGACGCCUACUUCCAGUCGGUCCACCUUGAAGCAAUAGACCUACAAAGUGGCGGUCCCUACGCAGGACAUGCAGGGAGCUUCGAGAGCUUCGAGUGGCACUCGCUGGAGCUGAUUUGGCAGAUGGGACCUUCCCAGAGCGAGAGGGAGAAGGACUUCCAACCGAGUGUGGUGAGUGACACCUACAUGUCGGAGGUCCGCUUGGCAGAGGUUGCUUUGCGAGAGCUGCCUGGCUGGGUGUCGCUAUGCAACGCUUGCCCGGCGGAGGUGCGGUUCCUGUGCACCGCGGGGGACAGCUUGGUGGCGCUGAGCUUCGGCUCCUGGCAGGAGCCAUCACCGGCCAAUCAGGUUAUGGGAUUGGAGUGGGAGGUGUCCUUCAAUGCUGAGGGCAUUGGUGCGCAGCUGCCCGUCGAGACGCUUCUGGCCUUUGCGCAAGAGGUACGCCCACAGCUGCUGGAGAGGUGGCUUCCCAGAGAUCCAGCCACGCGGAGGGAAGCGGCGGGGCCCGAGUCGCGUCAGCUGUUGCGGUCCACCUUCCUCUUCUACCUGCCCCCAGCGGACGUGCCGCGCUUCCACAGCUUCGUGGAGGAAACCCUGCGGCCCAGGCUGCGCAAGAUGCAGGACGAGUCGUUGGGAGAAGAGGGCGGGCUCCGCGCCUUUUACAAGAUUGACGGCAGGGCCUAUGACGACCUGGACCGGUCCUUUCAACACUUGCCGCUUUUGGUGCUGGCAGCCGUCAACGUUCUGGUGACAGUUCUGCUCUUCACCCGGCGAGUGCUGUUGGCUGUGGCAGCCGCGCUGCUUUCCACGGCUUCGGUCCUUGUGGCGGCGUCCCAGAUUACGCCGGGCACUGUCGUGGCCUGGCAGCUGCUGGCCGUAAACGCGGCAGAGCUGGCGAUCGCUUGCAGCUCCAUCCUUUCGUACAAUGCCAACCGAGUUUUGCCGAAGCUACAAGAGCUGAAGCAUCUCAUCUCCCGCACAUCUGAGGAGCGCCGCGCGGGGCUGCUGUGGCUGGGCCACUGGCUGCAGAUGCCGCUGCAGCUCUUCGUGCCGCCGCUGGCCACCACGCUGCUGCUGCUGGCUUUGGACAUGAUGGUGGCCAAGCUGCCCAUGGCGCAGGAGCUCACCUCCGCGGCGCUGCUGGGCAGUUUGACCGUGCUGUGCCUCGGACCUUGGCUCUUCGUCCCUGCGGUGCUGCUGGGGGACUGGAUGGCCGAGGGCAGGGAGGAGUCCAACUGGUGCGCGCCGCAGGAGCUCAGUGGGCGGCCCCUGAGCAAGGAGCAGCGGAGGCAGCGGCGCCGCGCCUGGCUGCUGGCCGUGGUGAGUGCCUGGCCCCAGUUUGAAAUCGUCUCGGGCACUCCGAACUCCGAACUCGGGCGGACGGCUUUGGAUCCGGAGACGAGGGCGUAG